AAAUUUUCCAUUUUAAUUAUAGCUACUUCGACAACUAAAAUGCAUACAAUUGAGAUUAACUGAAUGUGUAUUCUAUGCUGUUCAUUUAUCACUUAGGAGUUUUUAUGUUAAAUGCAUUUCUUAAAAGAGGAACAGAAACCUGUACAGUUUAAGACUGAGGUUGGGGAACCAAGCAACACCAAAUGAGACUUAGAAUGAAAUUCAGCCAUCGAAUUGCAAUAGCCGGAGGUGUGGGAUUCAUACUGGUCAUUUAUCUGGUGUUGGUGUAUUUCAAUGCCAUGCCAGAUAUUUUCAGUUCCCACCAAGAAAAGUUGCGCAACUUUAUUGCACAAAAUCCCCUUACAUUCCACCUUACGGGAGGUCGACCGGUGAAUGGCCAGUGCAGUUCAGAGUUUAACAUUCCAAGAGGCGUAGUUAGCACACAGGAUCUUGCAGAGAGAACAAAUUACAAAAGCUCUGGUGGAGACUAUAUUUUACCACAUCCAUCUAUUGAGCAGGCUGCUUACAGUUCAGACCUGGAGCCUCUGACGGUCCUCAUUGUGCCUCACUCUCAUGUGGAUCCUGGCUGGGUGGAAACAGUUGAUGAAUACUACACCCGAAAGGUCAGAGCAAUUCUUGACGGGAUGGUCCGUAAACUACACCUGUAUCCCGACCUAACCUUCAUCUGGGCCGAGAUAGUGUAUUUUAGCCGCUGGUGGGAGGCCCAGACACAUCUCGUACAGUUACAGGUGAAGGACCUGAUCAAGCAAGGUCGCCUGGAGAUGGUGCUUAGUGGCUGGGUGAUGCCAGAUGAAGCCUCCACCUCCUACUCCAGCGUAAUUGACCAGCUCACCGAGGGGCAUCAGUGGCUCUACUCCAACCUCGGCAUUCGGCCAACCACCAGCUGGUCAGUGGACCCAUUUGGGCACUCGGGCACCAUGGCUUACCUGUGGAAACAGGCUGGAAUGGAGAAUAUGGUAAUCGGGAGAAUCCACCAAGCUACUAAAGGCCAAAUGAUCAGAGAGCAGAGCCUGGAGUUCUACUGGAGACAGUUUUGGGAGAGCUCUGAUGAUAGAGAUAUUUUUUGUCAUGUGAUGCCGUACAUGAUAUACAGUUUACAUCGAACUUGCGGCCCGGAUCAGUACAUCUGUGCCCAAUUUGAUUUCAAGCAAAGACCAGGAGAUCCCAUGAAUGUGUUUGUAAAGCCAAUAGGUGCAGGAAACAUUAAGGAAAAGGCUAAGCUCUUGUAUGAACAAUAUCGUCUGAAAGGGAGUCUUUUUAAGCACAACACCAUUAUGGUUCCACUUGGCGAUGAUUUUCGAUUUGACAUGCUGGAGGAAUGGGACCAGCAGUAUGAAAACUAUAAACAAUUGAUGGAUUAUAUGAAUGCAAAACCAGAGUGGAAAAUCAAGGUCAAGUUUGGAACACUGAGUGAAUUUUUUAAACAGAUAAAGAAGUCUGAAAGUUCAAACCGUUUAUCUUUUCCUACAAUCGCUGGUGAUUUUUUCCCAUACUCGGAUCAUGACAGUUCUUACUGGACUGGGUAUUUUACUACAAGACCGUUUGAUAAAAGGUUUUGUCGUGAAGUGGAAUCAAAGCUUAGGGCUGCAGAGAUAUUACAUUCCUUGGCAAUAUCCUACAGCAAAAAGUGGGAGACUAAAUAUGUUGCAAUGGACAAGUUAGCAGUGCUUCUUAUAAAGGCACGAAGGUAUUUAGGUCUUUUCCUUCACCAUGAUGCAAUUACUGGUACAGGAAAGGCAUAUGUUGUUGAAGACUAUGAAAACAAGUUGUUCUCAUCAUUUCAGAAAACUGGCAUUGUACUCAAUUCAGCCAUGCAGUACUUGUUAACCCAGGGGAAACUGACUAGUGAGCCUUCAAUAUUUGAGCAGGAGCUCACGCGAGUCGAUGGUAAGCAAUCGUCCUUGCAUGGCAAAAUAACAGUGUCCAAAAUUGGGACUCGAGUGGCAAUGUUAAACCCUACAGGGCACUUUAGAUCUGAAUUUGUUGAGUUCAUUGUGGACAGUGUUGACCUUGAAAUAAAAGAUGCCAAAAGGAAGUCAUUGCCAUUUCAAAUUAAUCCAGUUUAUACAUCUGCUACAGAAAUUGACAGAACUUUGUUCGAGGUUGUGUUUUUAUCAGAAAUCCCAGCUUUCGGAAUUGAGACAUACAUUUUCCAAAAGACAACUAAAACCCCUAAAAGUUUUUGGUCAUCAAUCAAAAUUCACAACUCUGAUGAAUUUAUUGUGGCACCUGAAUUGAAGUUCGAAUACGAUCGUCCCAGAAGACACGGCAAUGUUUAUGAACCAAUAUUUCUUGAGAAUGAACAAAUUGGUGCAGAGUUCAAGUCAUUCAAUGGUUUAUUGACAAAACUUGUUGAAAAGUACAAUAACAAAACAAAGGAGACACAAGUGUUGUUGGACUUUAAGCAAUAUCAAUCCAGAGGAAGUGGUGCCUACAUAUUUUUCCCGUCAGGUCCUGCAUCUGAUAUUGUGCAACCAGUCCCAAUAAUAAGAGUUGUGGAAGGGCCAUUUUACUCGGAGGUACAGGUGGUGUUCUAUUGCAUGUAUCACCGAGCGAGGUUGUACAACCAUCCCGGGCUACAGGGCAGGAACCUCUUGAUUCAGAACACACUGAACAUGUUUGCUCUUAACAUGCGCGACAAAGAACCCAUUAUGAGAAUAUCAACCGAUCUGCUGAAUGAAAGAGGUACAUUUUUCACUGACCAAAACGGUUUUCAAUUUAUUCAGAGGAAACGUCACCCUACUGAUGUGAACUAUCAAAACAUCGAGAGGAAUUAUUAUCCCAUGACAACAAUGGCAUUUCUGCAGGAUUCCAUGACGCGGGUAACUCUUCAUUCGGGACAGUCUCUGGGAGUAGCCUCCCUUGAAAAGGGCUGGUUAGAGGUUAUGCUGGACAGACAGUUGCUGUAUGACGAUGGGCGCGGGCUCGGGGAAGGGAUAUCAGACAAUAAACUCACCAUUACAAAAUUCAUUCUCCAAAUAGAGCAAAGUGAGACUGUAUUGCGUGAGGAAACAUUCUCUUACCCUUCCAUAAAUAGCAUAGUGACAAAUGAAUUUUUGAAUCAGCCUUUACAAAGAAUGUUUUCCCUAGUAAAUUCUGAUAUUAUAUCGUUGAAUUUUUUACCUAUGCUGAGUAGUUUACCUUGUGAUAUUUCUUUGGUAAGCUUGAAGACUUUGUUCAAUGGUGAUCACAGUUACAAUGAAACCGGUGUGGUGUUACACAGGCGUGGUUUCCGCUGCGGAUUUAGGGAUGAUGGUGCUAUGUGUUCGGAAAAAGAUGUAAACUUGGUGGGUUUAUUCCCCACUGUUAAAGAUAAUUAUGUGAAGGAGACAUCUCUGGUUCAUACACUUAAAAAGGAGAGCAGAAUCUCUUUAAAACAAUUGUCUGUGUCUCCUAUGGAGAUUAAAUCAAUUGUUGUUCAGAUUCCUCCAUGAUGUGUUGAUGAGCUGUUUAUGCCCCCGGAUCGAAUGAUCGGGGGUAUAUUGUUUUUGGCCUGUCUGUCUGUCAUUCUGUCUGUCUGUCUGUCUGUCUGUCUGUCAUUCUGUCCCAAAACUUUAACCUAGGUUAAAGUUUUAGGUUAAAGUUUUGCAAUAUUGAAUAACUUUUGCAAUAUUGAAGAUAGCAACUUGAUAUUUGGCAUGCAUGUGUAUCUCAUGGAGCUGCACAUUUUAAGUGGUGAAAGGUCAAGGUCAUCCUUCAAGGUCAAAGGUCAACAAAAAAAGCGGCGCAUUAAUUUAGGGGGCAUUGUGUUUCUAACAAACACAUCUCUUGUUUGUAUAGCUUGGCUAUUGUUAUUAAUUAAGUGCCAUCUGUCCUAAACAGUUUAUAGAAUGUUUAAACAUGUUACGUAACAACUAAAAAGUUUAUAUAAUAGAAACAACAGACAAUAGUGCUACAAUUUUGCGUUUAGUGCAGAUUCACUACACCUUGUGAGUUUGCUGCUAAAAGAGCUUUGUUUUAUUUCAUACAUACAAACGAUUGACAUGUGUAUUGUUAUCAUACAUACGAACAAUUGAAAAGCAUACCGGUAUGUAUUAAUACAAAAAAUCCUGUAUACAUGUAUACAUGUAAUAUUCCUUUUAUCCCUGGCAUUCAAAUUGAUAGGAAAUGUUUUAUGUUUGUCAAAAAGGAAUUAGGUUGUACUUGAAUAAUGCUCUAAAUUGGUUAAGACAGAGAUACAGUUUACAGAGAGCUUAGAUUGGAUUUAUCUUAUAUAUUCAAUUUACAAAACACUAAUUUAAUUUUAUUUCCAUUCAGGAAUGUACUUAAAUUGUAUCAUUUUAUAUUUUUACUUAUACUAAUCUUUUGAAGUUGUCUUGUCUGCAUAUUUUUAUGAUGUCCAUAUCUUGUGGUAUUUAUUCUUUUUAAUAUCAAAAACAUUUAGAUUAAAAUUCAAUGUUUAGAAUUACAUGUACAUGAAAUUUAUAUUAAAAAAAUAUUUAAAAAAAAUACUAUCAAUUAUACUCCAUUUAUCACCUAUUGAAUGUUUGCUCAUAAUAUGUUGUAUUGUGAACAGACGUCUUCUUAUCUCCCUUGCUACUUGGGUAUGAAAAAAAGUGUAUGCUUAGUUGAAUCUUGUGCCAUUUUCAAUUGUAUUUCAAUCAUAUGACAGCAUUCAGUUAACAACUCACCUUUAUGCAUCAACGGAUACCCACGACUAAUUCAUUCCGUUGCUCUCCAGUAUUAGCCAUGGGACAAUAUAAGCAAUACACGCCGUUUUGACCUUAACUGUAACCUUUCAGUAGACCAACGAAAUCGCAUAUUACAAAAAGAAUUUCGCUUUGGAGGUGUUAAUGCUUCGCCUGGAUAAUUGCGAUUUGAUACACCAAGCUUUUCCAUCCACCUGUCAGAGUGCUUAAAAAGACAUCGCGCCCAUGUAAGAGACUAGAGAUACUUUUACUCUGAAAGUCGUUUAAAUUCUCAAUUUUAAAGUAUAUGCAUGCACAACGAAAUUCCAUUUCUACGGACGAGGCAAUUUUGACAACAAACCCGAAAUCUCUAUAGUACGAGUUGUAUCAUUGGUCAAAAAUAUCCUCAUGAAACCGUGAGGGAUCCAAUGAAAUUACUGGAUUUGACACACACUAAAACGGUGAAAAUAGCUCAUUAUGUCCCACGGUCGAUAAAUGGAGAGUAACGGAAUGGGUCGAACGUGGGUAUCCGACAAUGACCUUUAGUCGGAUAGCUGGUUUACCAGUACUGAGUCAUUAACCCUUUGCAUGCUGGGAAAUUUGUCAACUGCUAAAAUGUUGUCUGCUGAAUUUCUAAAAUUAGCAUUUUUUUCAUUUUUUUCAAAGAAUACUAUCAGAAUAGCUAACAGUUUGGAUCCUGAUGAGACACAAUGUUCUGUGGCGUCUCAUCUGGAUCCAAACUCUUUGCAAAGGGCUUCAAUAUUCGGUGCCAGCACUGAAAGAGUUAAAAAGCACCUACUUAUGCCAGUAACAGACAACUGCCGUACUUGAUGGGUAGGGAAAGAAUUAAAGAUAACAGGAUUUCAUGAUAAAUGGAGUCAUCUUCUGGGUUGGGUAUCGAACCUGUGAUAGUCGGAUUUGUAGUUCACUGCUCUACCAUUUUAAGCAUUUGUGUCUUGUUCUGAGAAAACUGGGCUUACUUCAUGUGCAUAAAGUGUCGUCCCAGAUUAGCCCGUGCAGUCCACACAGGCUAAUCAGGGACGACACUUUCGGCUUGAAUGGUAUUUUUAGUUUCAAGGAAGUCCCUCCUUAUUGAAAAUCAAGUUUAUGCGGAAAGUGUCGUCCCUGAUUAGCCUGUGCGGACUGCACAGGCUAAUCUGGGACGACACUUUACGUACAUUCAUUAUGACCAGCUUUCACAGAACAAGACACAUUUUAAGCAACUACCGGUAGGCCCAGCACUAGGUACAAUGUAUUGGAAGAAUAAUUUGACCCCAUGGAAAUGCUAUGCUGUGAUACAGUUAAUAUGGCUUUUAGCAAAAUGCAAAUUGUUCAGUCAAAAUGAUAACACAAGUAGACCAGUAAAUGCCAGAUGUAGCAGAUGCCAGAGUGAUUUCUAUAAAUAGUUCUUCCAUUAUUUGAUCAAUAACGUGUAGAAAGGUUAACUUUAUGUUGUAAAUUAAACACAUAUAUAAACAAAGAAAUGCUAUGAUCAUUAAAAACGUGAUGAAGAAAAUCUAGUAAUCAAUUAUGUUGAAAAACAUAGCCGCCAGGGGCGUGGCAUUUUUCCUAAUAUGGCUAUAGUAAAACCUUGUUAACACUCAGAGGUCACAUUUUUUUGUCCAAACAUCAUGAAACUUGGUCAGAAAAUUUGUCCUAAUGAUAUAUUGGACGAGUUCGAAAAUGGUUCCAGUUGGUUGAAACUUGGUCAGAAAAUAUGUUUUCAUGACAUCUUGGAUGAGUUGAAAAAAAUGGUUCUGGUCUGUUGAAAAACAUGGCCACCAGGGGGCGGGGCAUUUUCCUUAUAUUGCUAUAUGUGGCUAUAGAAAAACCUUGUCAACACUCUAGAGGCCACUUUCAUUGUCCAAUCUUCAUGAAAGUUUGUCUGAAGAUUUUGAAAAUGGUUUUGGUUGAUUGAAGAACAUGUUUGCCAGGGGGCAGGGCAUUUUUCCUUAUAUGGCUAUAGUAAAAACUUGUUUACACUCUAAAAGUUACAUUUAUUGUCCAAUCUACAUGAACCUUGGUCAGAACAUUUGUUGUAAUGGUAUCUUGAAAGAGUUUGACAAUGGUUCCCGUUGCUUGAAUAACGUGGCCGCAGUGGGGGGGGGGCAUCUUGUUAACACUCUAGGGGCCACAUUUAUUGUCCAAUCUUAAUGAAACUUGGUCAGAAGAUUUGUCUCAAUGAUAUCUUGGACAAGUUCGAAAAUGGUUCAGGUUGGUUGAAAAACAUGGCUGCCAGGGGCGGGGCAUUUUUCCUUAUAUGGCUAUAGUAAAAACUUGUUAACACUCUUAAGUCACAUUUAUUGUCCAAUCAUAACACUUGGUCAGAACAUUUGUUUAAAUUAAAUCUUGGAUCAGUUGGAAAAUAGUUCUGGUCAUUUUAAAAACAUGGCCACCAGGCUUCGGGGAAUUUAACCUAAUAUGGCUAUAGUAAACCUUGUUAGCACUCUAAAAAUUACAUUUAUUGUUAUAGUUCACUCUUCAUGAAACUUGGUCAGAACAUAAUAUGUUCUUAUGAUAUCUUGAGGCUGCACUGAGUAGGUCAGUUCCUUUGUAUCUCAGGUGAGCGACUUUGGGCCUUUCAGGUCCUCUUGUUAUUCUUUUGUUAAGAUACUUGUGUGCUAUAUAACAACAAAGCUAUGUACAGUGGAAUAAAAUCUACGCAUAAUCCACUUUUCAAUGCCUGUUGGGAUGUGACAGUUAAAUGCCGUGAAGUUGGGAAAUUUUGCAUUGAUUUUCUUGACAAUGUAAAACAAAUUGCUUGAUUUAUAACUUUUGAAUAAUUAUUUUAAAACUUACAUAAAACAGAAAAUAAUAAAACAAAGGUAUCAGUUAAAUAAAUAUUACAACUUAAAGCUCUUUCUUUUUAUACCAAGCAGCUCUAUUUUCAAACAUCAGAAUGUCAAUCUGUAAUUUUAGGACUGAUUUAGAAAAAGAUACUUUUUGCAAUUCAGAAUAAAGCCAAUUACAGCUAAAAAGACAGCAAAAAGCCCUGCUUGAAAUGUUGGGCUUGUGGUUAGCUGGAAGACUGGCAGGUGCUAAAAGUGUAGAUAUUAACCCAUUUCAUUAUUUUUGGGGGGUGAUUCAAUUGGUUUAGUUACAUGUAUAAGAACUGCCGGUGUGUGAAAAGUGUGUUAGGAGAUUGUAAUCAUUGGGAAUAUUUAUGUUAAGCCUAUUUUUCAGUCCCCUACCGGUGAAACCGUAGGGGACUUAUGGUUUGCGCUCUGUGCAUCUGUGAGUCUGUCUGUCACACUUUUCUUAAACCUGCGAUAACUUUAAAAGUUCUUCAAAAAAUUUCAUUAAACUUGAAAUAUGGACAGAUGGCAAUAUGGAGAUUAUGCAGGUCAUUUCAUUUUGUUCCUACAUCAAGAAUUCUGGUUGCUAUGGCAACAAAUAAUACUAUAAAUAUUGCUGAAAAUGGUUGAGUUUCACCAGUAGAGGACUUUUAUUGCUUGGCAAGUCUUGUUUUUUCUUUUGUGAAGAAUAUAUACCUUUUUAAUUGUAUUUUGUAAUUAAAUUUGAUUAAUAUUUGUUAUAUACAUGAUGUCGAAUCCCAAGUUAUUUAUGUAAUCGUUAUUUAUAAUCAUGUUUUAAAAAAUUGUUGUGACAUUUAUAAUAUUUUUUUUAGGUUUUUGAUAAUGGACAAUUUGUUACGGAUUAUUAAUGACCAAGUCCACAUAAAAAGACUCAAUGAAUUUUAAACGUAGUUCUACUUAUAAAUGUGUUUAUUCUAAUGAAUAGAUAUCAAAUUAGUAACAAUUCUUUCAUCGUUUCAUUUUAUUGUAAAUACCUACAGACAGAAGUUGUGACAGGUUGUAACAAAUGUUGUUUACUUGUUAAGGAUAGCAGUAGUCUGCUUUUCUAGGCUUCCAAUUGUAUUUUAAUUGUUUAUGUAAUUUUAACUUUUGAUAUGUUAUGCAGAGUAAUGACUCAAAAUUGUUUUCCCUUCCUGUUCUGAUGGUGUGUGAAUAUACAUGAACUGUACAAAAUAUAAUAUGAAUGAUUCAAAAUCCUUCUGUUUAACAUGUUGUAGCUUUUUGUUAUAUUGUAUACAUACAAGAAUGAAACUAUAUUGCAAUGUAUAAAAUCAUUCCAUUUUUAUCAUAUCAAAAAUCAUUUAUUUAAAAUAAAGUUUUU